AUGGCAGUGGCCUGGGAGGAGUAUUUCCGGCUGGCCUUCGAAGAGAAACGGCUGCUGAAGCCACUGGAGCAGGAUAGGGAUGACAGUCCAACCUUGCAGCUUAUAUUGGAGAAGAAGCAAGAGCUAGCAGCUGCAGACCAGGGUUUGCAGGCCCAGAAGAAGGAAUUCCGCAGCUCUAUGGACUCCGUGAACCAGCGCUGGACAGAGCUGGAACAGAAAGGGCAGGCGCUUAAGGGGUCCGUCGUCAGCUUUAACCAACAGUUUAAGGAAGUUGAGUUCAGGCGUGCAGCGCGGAAAGCCAUUGAGGAGCGGCGUAGAAUGCGCAACCUGGAAGCAGAGGCGGUGCGGCUGCGUGCACAGCUGAAGGAGCUGCGGCUGCAGCAGGCGCGGCUGCUGCGGAAAGUGCGGCGCCUGGAGCCCUGCGCGCGGGUGCUGGAGAGGGCGCUGGAGUGGGUGCCCCAUUUUCAGGAGGUUUCCGACCUGGUGGCACGCUUUGAGAGCCUGGUAGACACGCAGGCAGCACUGAAGAGAGCAGAGCUCAGACGGCAGGUGGAGAUGGAGGUGACCCGUGCGAGGCUGCUUAGUCUGCAGAAAGAGAAGCAGGAUAACCUACUACGUCUGAAUCAAGAACGCACACGACUGUGUGAGAAGUUGGAGGCGGCCCGGGAGCUCACACAACAGUGGGAAUCCAGGUGGACUGAAGUUCAGAACACGGCAUCGGAAAAGACACUGCUCCUAGGACGCCUUAGGAUGGCUGUGCUCAACCUGUACCAGCUUGUUCGCCUGAAACAGGGUCAGAAGCAAGCCCUGGCUGUGGAGGACAUGGAGGGGCAGCUGGAGGAGGUGAAGCUGUUUAUCGUGAAUGCCUCAGCCACACUGGCCAACAGUCCCCAGGCUAAGCCCACACCUACUUUUGAGCCAGGCGACCAGUGAAGGGGACUUGAGGACCAAGUCCCACAUUUCUUGGUGUGCAGGCUCAACACAACCACUCUCUGAAUAUCCUUUCUCACGGGCAAGAAGGCUCACGCCAUGGGGAGCCUUCCACAGGACACUCAGUAUGAACUCAGUUUUAAGUAGACAACGGGGUUGACAGCUGGGCUGGUCACUCCAUCCACCACAACAGGCUGGGGACAGGCCUCUCCCAGCUGGCUGGGGACAUUGGACACGCUCAGACAGGGCUGGUACACUCCAAGACGGCCACUUGCUAUGUACAGUGGGUCUGAGGAACAGGUGAUUGUUGGGACCAUCUGCUCUUCAGGCCCAACAGGGUAGUCGCCAGUGUGUGCCUGGCCUGCACUGGGGUCCAGCUGCUGGAGGAUGCUUGACCCCUCCCCCUUCCCACCUCCUCCGAUCUUCAAGCAAGAGGUGGGGAAAGCCACCGGACGCCCCGAGGGAUGGAGCCAGCUGGUUCUCUCUUCCAUGUGCAGAAGGGCAAUGCCACCGCGGCCUUCCUCCGCCCUGCAGCGGUCCCGAGCUGCCUCGGACGACUGGAUCCAGUCUC